AUGGAAAAUGACAUACAAUUGCCAAUUGAAAAUGACAUUCGCACAAUUGGAUUGGAGCAAAUGCGAAGAGAAAGGGUACUUCUAGCCAGCGAAUUAAAAUCAAUCGAAUCACAAAUAAGUGAUCUGGCGUUUAAAAACUAUGGAACUUACGCGGAUGCUGGAAGAGCAACGCACGAUUGCUCAAAAACCUUCGGCGGAAUGCGCGAAGGCACCGAAGAUCUAUCAGCUAGAUCGGAAGAGCUUACAAAUGCAUUUCAAGAUUUCCGAAAGAAAGCGAAACUUCUAGCCGCCGAACAAGAAUUAAUUCAAAAAGCUCUUGACAAAUCAAAUCCAUUGUGGGAACUUUUAUCGCUUCCAUCGAAAAUGGAUGUCUGCAUUCGCGCGGGUUACUAUGACUUGGCGUAUUCCCUAACAAAUUAUGGAAUGCAGCUUCACCAACAAUCACAAUUAAUCAAGAAUCCCCUAAUAAAGAAAGUCUCUGACCGUUUGGUUGAAGCGCGCUCUUAUUUACUCGAAAUGCUUUUCAACAAGUUCUCCGGCCCAUUGGAUCUAGCCGAGUCGAUCAAAGUAGUGAAUAAUACAAACAAAUUUUGGAUAUUUCGGUAA